AUAGGGAUUGGAUUAUUUUGCUAUCUUCUCCCUAAUUCUCUUUAUUUUAAUUUAUCCCAUUAAAGCUGGCACAGCAUUAUCAUUUUUUAAAGAUGGUGGAAAGUUGACCCAUCAGGCCUUGUGCGUUUACUUUCAGUCUAAGGAAUAAAUGAUUGUUGUCAGAUAGUUCAAUGAAUGUGAUUGUUGCCCCCACAUAUUUUGUCAGAUUAGCAGAACUCAAAAAUCCCGCUGAUGGCUUCCCAAAUACAAUCAGUCAAAAAAUGGAAAUAUGAUGUUUUCUUGAAUUUUAGACAAGAAGACUUGGAUGGGUACUUUGUUACCUAUCUUUACAAACAUCUGGAAGAUAUAGGAAUCAAUGUAUUCACACCUGAUUUCGAAUAUGAAAGAGUUACAACAGAAAUCUCAGAAGCCAUAGAGGAAUCAAGGUUUGGUAUUACCAUAUUUUCGAGGGACUAUGCUUCAUCGAGACGGUGCUUGGAAGAACUCAGUAAGAUCAUGGAGUGUGUUGAUUAUAAAGGACAGGAAUUCAUCUCUGUGUUCUAUCGUGCAGAUACAGUACAAGUAUCAGGCAUCAUUGAUCACGUGUUGGACAAACACACGGUAUGUCUCAAGGCUUCUGAAUUAGAGAUGACGCAGAGGUGGAAGAACGCUCUCUGUAAAGCAUUUGAAAUUGCGGGAUCAGAAAAGGAUUAUGUUAAAAUGUGGAGCGCGGCAGAAUGUAUUCAAAAAAUUGUUGACAAGAUUUCUCUUUUUCCAAGUAUUGCAAAAUAUCACAUGGGAAUCAAAUCACGUAUAGAGGAAGUAAAAUCGUUGUUGAAUGUUGAAUCUGGCGGUGUUUAUUUUGUUGGGUUAUGGGGGUUGGGUGGUGUAGGGAAGACAACCAUUGCAAGAGGUGUUUUUGAUGAGAUCUCCUGUCAAUUUGAAGGAUCUUGUUUUUUGGCAAAUGUUAGGAGUGUCUUAAAAAAGAGUGGACUGGAAGGCCUACAACAUUUGCAACAGAAGCUUCUUUCACAGAUCUUGAAGAAAGACUCUGUGAAUGUACCAAAUUUUGCCAGAGGAGAUGAAAUGAUGAGCCAAAUGCUUCGCUUCAAGAAGGUUCUAAUUGUUCUUGAUGAUGUGGAUGAAAGCCACCAACUGGAAUAUUUAGUUGGAAAGCGUGAUUGGUUUGGUGAUGGCACUAGGGUCAUUUCAACAACUAGAAACUUCGAUCUACUUAGCAAGCAUGAUGUGCUAUAUCGUGUUCCAGAACUGACUAACCAUGAGGCUUUAGAACUUUUUAGUUGGCACGCCUUUCAGCAAGGAACUCCUGUUGAAGGCUUUGAAAAGCUCUCAUGUUGUGUAGUAGAUUAUGCUAAAGGCUUACCCUUAGCUCUAGAGGUCUUGGGUUCUUUUCUUUACAAGCAAGGUACAGAAGAGCACAUAAAUGCCUUAUAUAGAGAUAAAGAUUUCAGAGAUCGGAAGAUUGUUAGGUUACUCAGCUUAAGUCUAGAUGCAUUGGGCAACGAAUACAAGAAUAUGUUUCUUCAUAUUGCAUGCUUCCUUAGAGGAAAAAAGAAAGAAGAUGUGAUUACUGUACUGGAUAGACUUGGCUUCAAGUCAGUAAAUGGAAUAGGUGUCCUUAAAAGAUCAUUUUUGUAUAUCUCUGAAGGAAAGGUUGAGAUGCAUGAUUCGAUAGCCCAAAUAGGUCAGCAAAUGGCACGUGAUGCUGAGUGGGGAAAGCCAUGGAAUCGCAGUAGACUAUGGCAUGAAAAAGAUAUGGAAAAUGUUUUUUCUGCAAAUCAGAUCUUGAGAACUCUUACUUUUCCCAUGGCUCCCCAAAAUGAAUCGAUUCAAAAAUGGAAAUAUGAUGCUUUUUUGAGUUUUAGAGGAGAUGAUACGCGCAAUAACUUUGUUGCCCAUCUUUAUAAACGCCUGGAAGACAUAGGAAUCAACGUAUUCAAAGAUGAUGUGAAACUUGAAAGAGGAAAGUUCAUUUCAACAGAACUCUUGAAAGCUAUUGGGGAAUCAAGAACUGCCAUUAUUAUCUUCUCAGAGGACUAUGCUUCAUCCACUUGGUGCUUGGAGGAACUUACAAUGAUCAUGGAAUGUGUUGACAAGAAGGAACAAAAAGCAUAUCCCGUCUUCUAUAACGUCGAUCCAUCAGAUAUACGCAUGAAAGCUCUCUGUGAAGGAGAGGGAAGCAGCUUUGCUAAAGCAUUGGAAAUACACGUGGAAGAUUUCCAGGCUAAUUCUGAGAAAUUGGUAACCAAACACAAGGUAGAUUUCAAGUGUGGUUGGCAGAAGGUGUUAGCCCACAAAACUGAUCUUGUUGUCGGAGAAAAAGACAAGACAAACCUCAAGGAUAAUUUGGAGAAGGUGCAGCAAUGGAAGGAUGCUCUACACAGAGCUGCUGGAAUAGCAGGAUUGGAUGUUCGUAAAACUGCUAAUGGGAAUGAAGCAGAAUCUAUUGACAAGAUUAUAAAUGAUAACUUCCGAAAUAUGCACCACACUGUUUCAGCAACUGAAAAAUAUCUAGUGGGUAUUGAAUCUCGUAUGGGUGAAAUAGAGUCAUUAGUGAAAUUUCAAUCAGGUGACGUCUGUUUUGUUGGAAUAUGGGGGAUUGGAGGCAUUGGGAAGACAACUGUUGCAAGAAAAUACUUUGACAAGGUUUCUCAUCAAUUUCAAGGGUCUUGUUUUCUUGCAAAUAUUAGAGAAGAAUCAAAGAAGUAUGGGCUGAUGUACUUGCAAAAGACACUUCUUUCAAGACUCUUGAAAGAAAAACCAAUGAAUAUAUCAAGUUUUUAUGAAGGAGCCGAUAUGAUAAAAAGAAGGCUUUGCCACAGGAAAGUUUUAAUUGUUUUCGAUGAUGUCGAUGAGGAACACCAAUUAGAAUAUUUAGUUGGAAAUCAUGACUGGUUUGGUGAUGGCAGCAGAAUCAUUACAACAACUAGAAACCAAGAUUUACUUCGUUGCCAUGACCUACUAUAUUCUGUUCCUGAAUUGGCUAACGAUGAGGCUGUUGAAGUUUUCAGUUGGCACGCUUUUCAGAAGCGGACUCCUGAUAAAGAGUUUUUGAAACUCUCCAAGUCUGUAGUAGAUUAUGCCAAAGGCUUACCGUUAGCUCUUAAGGUCUUGGGUUCUUUUCUAUACAAGCGAGGCAUAACUGAGUGGAGAAGUGCAUUAGAUAGACUCAGAGAUACCGGAUAUGAAAAAAUUGUUAAACAGCUCAGUUUAAGUCUAGAUGGAUUGAGCCAUGAAGAGAAGAAUAUAUUCCUUGAUAUUGCAUGCUUCUUUAGAGGUAGAAAGAGAGAUGAUGUGAUAACAAUACUAAACAGUUUUGGCUUCCGAUCGGAGAUUGGAAUACAUGUCCUCGUCCAAAAAUCACUGUUAUAUAUUUCUGAAGGAAUGGUUGAGAUGCAUGAUUUGAUAGAACAAAUGGGUCAGCAAGCAGCACGCAAUGUUGACCAGGACAGGCCUUGGAAUCACAGUAGACUAUGGCAUGAACAAGAUAUAAAAACUGUUUUUUUCACAAAUCAGAGGACAGAGUCUAUUAAAGGCAUAAUGGUGCCAAUUGGCUCAGACCGUCAUAUAUGCAAGUGGAGCAAAGCUUUCAGAAACAUGCCUUGUCUUAGGUUACUCAUUGUCAAAGGGGAGGAGGUCCAACAUCAUGCCCCAAUUUGUGACCCUAUUGAGUAUCUCCCCAAUAACUUGAAAUGGCUUGAUUGGUCAUACUACAGUUUUCCAUCUUUACCACCAGAUUUUGAACCAGGAAACCUUGUUGGGCUCAACAUGACUUUUAGUUCUCUUGUGGAAAUCUUCAAGGAACCAAAGGCAUUUGACAAGUUGACGAUCCUCAAUUUAAGUUUUUCAGGAAGUUUACUCCGAACACCCAAUUUUUGUGAGACUCCAAACUGCGGAAGAUUAUACUGAAAAGUUGUGUAUGCUUGGUUGAAAUUCAUCCAUCCAUUGGAAAUCUGAAAAAACUCAUCUUUUUGAAUAUGGAGAACUGCAAUAAUCUCAAGUAUUUACCAAGCAGCAUUCAAAUGGAAUCUCUUGAAGACUUCAACCUCUCGGGUUGUGAGAAAUUAGAAAAUUUUCCAGAAAUUCGGGGGAAUAUGGAAUUGCUCUCAGAGCUCCUUCUGGCACGUACUGCAAUUUGGGAAUUUCCCUCAUCAAUAGGACAUCUUAGUGGUAUCAGCUUGCUUGAUUUGCGUUCAUGUGAAAACCUUGUAAGACUCCCUGCCAGUGUCUCUGAGAUGAGAAAACUGAAAAUUUUGAUUCUGAAAGGCUGCUCAAGACUUGUAAUUUUACCUGAAAAUCUAGGUGAUCUAAACCAGUUGGAGGAGCUUUAUGCUGGCAACACUGCCAUUUGGAAACUACCAGAUUCUAUUGGAAACUUAAGCAAACUCAAGAUCCUAUCAUUAAGAAAAGGGCGGAAGGUAAAGCGUCAAUCUGCUCGCAGUUUGAUAUUACCCUGGGUGUUUCAUGGUUUGAGGGAGUUGAAGAGCUUAGAUCUCAGUGGAUGUAAUUUAUGUGAUAACCAAGUUGCUGCUCUUCUGAACUUAACUUCUUUAUUGGAACUGAAUCUGAGCAGAAAUGAGUUUAUUUAUUUACCUAAUAUCUUCAGUCAGCUUUCUCACCUUCGCUAUCUCAAUAUAACACACUGUCAAAAACUUAAGGAACUCCCCAAACUUCCUCCCAGUAUAGAGGAAUUAUAUGUAGAAGAUUUUUUGGCAAAGGAAUGUAUUGCAAAGCUACAAAUGUAUCCAAGGUUGAAUUUGGUCUCAUUUACCAAUUAUAGUUUUGAUCAACAAUCUUAUACCGAGGAGAGCAAUGGUAGCUCCUUUUCGGAUGAGAUUCUGAGUUUGCUUCUAUCAAACAAUAUGGAUGAUGUGAUCCACCCCUCUCUUUUCUCUGAUCAUAGAGUGACUUGUUCCAUUGUCUUUCCUGAACGUGCAAUUCCCAUGUGGUUUAAGCAUCAGAUUGUUGAUGAAAAGAUCUUGUUCAAACUGCCCAUUAAUUGGUAUAAUGAUAAGUUCAAAGGCUUUGCUAUAUGCUGCGUGACUCUCAUGGGAGCAGGUGUCUCUCGUCCUGAUUCAAUGCUAUCUGAAAAGUAUGACUAUGCUUUCAUCAAAGCCAAAUUGAUAUGCAAUGAUCAUUUGAAAGACCUUAGAGUGAUACAAAAAGAAUGUAAAGUGGGCACAGCAUCUAGAACAUAUGGCUGGUGUGUUUGCUUUGCCUACAUACCAUUGUAUUCUUCACUGCAGGUGUCCGGCACAUAUGUUAGAGACAUUAACCAGUAUAGCCUAUUUGAGGCAUCUAUCAACGGUUGCGUUGUGAGACAGUGGGGAGUUCAUUUGAUCUAUGAGGAUGAGUGAGUAUUUUCAAAGCGCAGACUGAGAAGGAUUGCUCUGAGUCAACCAAUGCUGAAAAGAGGCCAAAUUAGCUCUAUAUGCUGGGAUAUUGAGGGCAUCACGAAGAAAAAGUUUUAGUUCUUUUGGAAAUCCAGUGAGAAGGUGGUCGAGUUCUUGCAGAGGUCAGUUGGAAUCACACAUAGAAACCAUGCUGAGAGUAUCGCCACGUUUAUGAAGAAGGGUGUGGAUGGAAGAGUUGAAUAAUAAAGACUUGGAUGCUGGUGUGAAGUCAUCCCAAAAAGAGAAGAAUUAUGUUUUAUGUUGAAGGGAAUAUUAGUGUCCGGAAAACAACGUUUCUGCAGAGAAUAGCUAAGGAGACACAUAAGUUGCAGUUGAAAUAGUUCCUGAGUCUAUUGUCAAGUGGCAGGAUAUUGAGCCAGAUCACUUUAACAUAUUAGACUCAUUUAUGCUGAUCCACAGAAACAUGCUUACACUUUACAAAACUAUGUUUUUGUUACAAGAGUUACCCAGGAGAGAGAAUCAUUUGGUGGUAUAAAGCCCCUCGGUUUGAUUGAGGGAAGAAGUGUGUUCAGUGACAGGACGGUAUGUAUCUCACCUUCUGUGAGUUUGUUUACGAGCAAAUGAAUGAUUUAGGUCUUUAAAGAUGUACAUAAGUUUUGGAGGAGCAAUAUCCAUCUAAUCAACCGAGGUUUUGCUUCCUUUUCGCCCUCAAACACCUAAGAGCUGCAUGGUCGGUGUGAGCAACGACUUUUGUACCCAACAAAUAGGCCUGGAAUUUUUCAAAAGCAUAUACCACCGCAAGCAACUCUUGCUCCGUAACCAUGUGAUUCGAGUACGAUCAUGUAGAUGGACUUAUGUGGGUGUGUAUUGAAGUCGUCCAAGUGUGUGUGCAAAAGAAGUAAUUAAGGGCUUAAAAAUACACACCAAAACAACCCACUCCAAACACUAGAGGGGCGACCCAUCAAUGAGGGGCCCUUUUGGUCAUUUUACCCUCUAUCUUGUAAUAUACUAUAUGAGGAACAAUUUGAUAUUGAAGAUUGUACAACACACUUGAAACACACAAGUUCUCUCUUCCAUAGAGACUUGGCUGAAACUACGUAAUAACAUAAGUGUGGAAUCACUUUUGUUGUUUAUUUACUUGGAUCGUUGGGUGCUAGACGGAUUGAGUCCCUCUUGUGUCCUCCAAAGAGUGUAGCGUUACUACUACCAUUAGUAAGGGUCUUUGUGUGUAACAUAUACAUAGUUUCUUAGUCUUUGUAGUAGUGUAUGUCUACCUAUCUAUCAUUUACAUUGUGUAAUCUUGUAGCCGUGUGGUGUAUUAUUUCCUUUGUAACUCGUGUGUUGUUAUUAAUACAUUGUUGUGAUUCAUCUUGUUUUCA